GUAUUCCCACUACUUUUCACCCAAGCUGGACAUGACAAACAGGCACAGCCUCUUAUUCCAGCCUCAAGAAAAUGAUUUUAUUCUCAAAUAAUCAGAUAGAUUUAAAAACCAAUCAUUAAUUAAACAAAUUCUCAAUAGCAGAGCAGCCAUCAUCAGAUUCACAACAAAAGCAGCAGCAAUGGUUGAAGUUGAAGAACAAGACGAAUACUCAAACCCUCUUCUCACAGAUAUCCCUUCUUCAUCCUCAGAUUCUAACCAUGCUUCCCUCAAAAGAACAGGGACUGUUUGGACAGCAAUUGCACAUAUAAUAACAGGGGUGAUAGGGUCGGGUGUGCUUUCACUGGCAUGGAGUGUGGCUCAGUUGGGUUGGAUUGGUGGUCCUUUAUCCAUGGUGGUGUUUGGAAUAAUCACUAUUAUUUCUUCGAAUUUACUUUGUGAUUGUUACAGAUAUCCCGAUCCCGAGGUGGGCCGUAUCAGAAACAGGUCUUAUGCCGAGGCUGUGAGCUCUUAUCUUGGAAAGAAGAGUAUGUGGGUGGCUGGAAUAUUUCUUCAAGAAAGUUAUUUCGGAUACGGGAUUGCGUAUACCAUCACUUCCGCCAUCAGUAUGAGGGCGAUUCUGAAAUCAAAUUGUUACCACAAGGAAGGGCACGACGCGCCGUGUGAAUACGGAGAUAGUUUAUUCAUACUUUUGUUUGGAGGUGUUCAGAUAAUAUUCUCUCAGAUACCCAAUUUCCACAACAUGCAGUGGCUCUCGAUAAUCGCCGCCGUCAUGUCAUUCGCGUACACCUUCAUCGGACUCGGUCUCGGUUUCGCAAAUGUACUAGAAAACGGAGAGAUCAGAGGUGAUCUUAGCGGAGUAUCUACAUCCACAGUUGCUGACAAAGUAUGGCUUUCGUCUCAAGCAAUUGGAGACAUUGCAUUCGCUUUCACCUACAACGUAAUCCUUUUAGACAUUGAGGAUACACUAAAGGCACCUCCGCCGGAGAACAAGACAAUGAAGAAGGCGUCGACUAUCGCGAUACUUAUUACGAGCUUCUUCUUUUUGUGCUGUGGGUGUUCGGGAUAUGCUGCUUUCGGAAACCAAGCACCGGGGAAUAUGUUGACCGGCUUCGGAUUUUACGAGCCCUAUUGGCUCGUUGACGUUGCUAAUGCUUGUAUUGUUCUUCACCUUGUCGGAGGUUAUCAGAUAUACAGCCAGCCAUUAUUUGCAGUAGCCGAAAGACAAAUAGCGAAAAAGCAUCCGAACAGUAGAUUCGUCAACAACGAGUACAAAAUCAAGCUCCCACUUCUCCCCCAAUUCAAAUUGAAUCUUCUUCGGCUAUGCUUUAGAACCGCUUACGUGGCAUCGACAACCGGACUCGCUCUAUUAUUCCCGUACUUCAACCAAGUUUUAGGAGUACUCGGUGCAUUGAAUUUUUGGCCGUUAGCGAUUUAUUUCCCCGUGGAAAUGUACUUGGCUCAGAAUAACGUUCGAGCUUGGACAUCUACGUGGAUUGUUCUUCAAGCUUUCCGAUUGUUCUGCUUGCUUUGCACCAUCUUAGCUUUUAUUGGAUCUGUGCAAGGACUCAUUAGCAACAAAUUGAGCUAGAAAAUUAUUGUUGAAUAUAUUGUAUGUGAUUCUUGUGAGUUAUUUGAUGGUCAUAUAUAUAGUUAUAAUAUACGUAAACUUUGAAAUGAUCGAUCGAUAUUCUGCAUUUGCGAUUCUAUGUGUUUGCAGUUUACAUAAUGGCAAUAUGGUUCAGCCAUAGAUUUUACCUUG